AUGUUCCUUGGCGUGUGCAAGAAACUGUUCUGUUGCUGUAGUCGUUGCUGCAACUGCUGUGGAGAAAAUGUAUCCGGAGACAGAGAUGGUUUAAUAAAGAAUGGAGAGGAAAUGCAAGACUGCUCUACCUCUAAUAGAAAUGAAUCUGGUCAUGAUGAAUCGGAAAGAAAUGCAUCUGGCAAUAAAGAAGUUUAUGAUCUCAACAAAAAGAUUGAGGAGAAACAAAACCGUUCGAAGAGGAGCAGCAAAAUGAGAAUAAGGCUUUCGAGACAGAAAUGGAAGAAAAGCGGCGGAACAGAGAACUUUUGGAUGUAUUGUAUGGGAUCAAAAAACAGCGUACCUGCUAAGCCUUCAAUAGUUACAGAGUGUGAAAAAGCGUUGGGAGAAAUACUACAGCAAAAAGACAACACUGAACUAACUUCUUGUAAUCUUACUGAAGAGAAAACCGCUGAUCAGGAACAAAUUGAAGAAUUCGAAGCACAUCUUCAAAGAUUGAGGAAGAUGGGUAGUCGACUAUCCGUAUAUUAUGGAUCCGAUGUUCCCGAUUUUACGGAUGACAAGACAGUUUUGAACAAUUUAAAACUAAUGAAUUUGACAGCUAACCUAACGGGAAACCGUGGCAAAUCAGAAGAACAGCACAUAGAGACAAAACAAAAUCCAGGAGUCGGCCAAGAGGGUGCAUCUGGCAAUAAAGAAGUUUAUGAUCUCAACAAAAAGAUUGAGGAGAGACAAAAACCGUUCGAAGAAGAGCAGCAAAAUGAGAAUAAGGCUUUCGAGACAGAAAUGGAAGAAAAGCGGCGGAACAGAGAACUUUUGGAUAAAGAAAAUGACAUUCGGAUGCGUCCAAGUGGACCAAGAAGAGCCAAAGUCGAAAGAAUAGUUCGAGAAAACCCGAUUGUUUUGUUUGUUCUAAGCUAUGCUCACAAGGAAAAUGAUUUUAUACUGACUGUAUUUAACAAAAUGAAAAGAGAUUUCAAAGCGAUUUAUGUAGAAGAAGACGAUCAAAUUCGACUUGGAGUCAAAGAAUACACCGAUAAAGAGCGAUUUCCCCUACUUUUCAUCAAUGGACAACUACAAGACAUUAAUGAUUUUAAACAAGGAACUUCAAAUAAAGGUCUUGAAAAGUGGUGCAAAGAAAAACAACAUAGUUUAAACGUCAUUGAUAACUCUCUCAAAAAGAUUACCAUUCCAAGAAGCAACAGAGAAAAAGAGCAAACUUGUGAAUUCAUUUGUAAAUCAUUUUGGACGUUAUUCACUAUUAACUGGGAAUCUACCCAACUGAACCCAGAUAGCAUAGAAGGGAAGUUCCUUCUCAAACUCAAAGCAUCUUAUAAAUCAAAUCAAUGGGAUCAGUUUUACGCUUCCUAUGAAGAGUACUUUGACAGUCUUAUUCAUUCCAUGAGAACCCAGAAAAAGUUGGAUAUUCGAAUUCAAGAUUUGGACGGAAGUUUGUGGAAGACGUUCCAUGAUUGCAAAAUGUCGUCUAAUGAAAUAAGCCGCUUGAAAACUGAUAUGGAACUCAUGGAAUCUGGGAUAGAUUCGUGGGAAUGUGAUCCAAAAGGGAGAAACCAUUCGGGUGACAACAAAACCAGUUUAUUUUGUUGUUUAAAAAGCAAAAUACUGGAAUCGACUAAAAAUAAACCAAAGAAAAUUGUCAACACUCAACCUACGUACCAAAACUCUCCAGGAGCAAAUUCUAGCUCAAGAAGAAAUAUGAAAUCUAAAAAAUUACCAGAUGAAAUUCGAGUGGCAUCUGGAGGGCAGGCAAGGAUGAAUGGAGAAUUCCAGAACGAAAUUCAAAAUUAUGAAAGUCAAUUGAACUCAAUCGUUAGUUCUCCCUUGGAUUCUCGAAAUUCAAAGUCAACACAAAUAAGGAAAGAGCCACUUCCAAAAGCAGGCAAUGUUGAAACACCCGGAAUACACAGAACUCCUAGUCAAGCAUCAAACAAUUCACUUCAUUGGGAGAAUCGGAGAAACCAGAUGGACUUAAGCUUCCAAAGAAAACUGAACGAACAAAAUGAGAAGUUUGCUGAGGAACUUCGGAAAAUACGAGAAAAUCGAGAGAGAUUGAAUCGGGAAGCAGAAGAAGACAUGAGACAAUUUAGGAAAGAAUCAGCAAUAAGGAUUCAGAUGUUUUUAAAUUGUAUUCAAUUGAGAAUUCGGUGGGAAGAACAGGAACACGAAUGGGGAGAUUGGCUGAAACGAGUGAGAGCUACUGUUGUGAAAGUUAAAACAACUCUUCUCGAAUUCGAGUUUGAUAGAAGGCGUAACGAUGAAGAUGAUAACAAGUCAGAAGCGAUUUACCUACAAAGUUGUGUCCGUAAUGCCUAUGAGAAAAUGAGAUGUGAAUUUGGAAACCUGGUAUUGCUGUCUGAUCGAUAUGAAAACAAAUUAUUUCUGAAAGUGAUUCAAAAACGGAUCAGCAAUGUGGCAACAAAACUUUGCAUUCUAGCUGAGGAGUUAGAAGAGUUUCAGAAUGACCCAUCUUUAUUUUCAAGACUUCAUAACAUUUCUUCUCAAAUUGACCCAAUUGAAAUACCAACCACUUCAGAACUUCGGAAAAUUUGUGAAAAUGCUUCUCCAAGUGAUUACAAUGUUAUCUCUCCACCGAGGCAACCCAAAUCAUAUUGUGUUAUAACUGAAAUCUGA